CAUCUGAAUCACUGAAUGAACAUUGAAACUAGAAGUUAAUGAGUUGUAACGAUGAAUUAAAUUUACAUAGUAAAGCAGUUUAAUUACCAACCUCUAAAGAUCAGCAAUUUAUAAAUUGUUUUCAAUAUCAACAAGAUGGAUUCAAAUGUGAUCAAUUUAUUAAUUUUUUCAUUAACUUUUCUUUUGGUGUCAAUACCUUUACAAACAGGGACCAUUAUUCAGGCCAUCGUUGUUAAUUCAAUUAACAGCGAGUACGCAAUUAAAUGGGAUGGAUACGAAUGGAGUGGAUAUACUGGAUUAGCUGUUUGUUCAAUAACCACCGCGAUUCUGUCCUGGUUCACACCCUCGUUGAUCGCGAUCAUCGGCUGUAAAAAGUCAAUGAUUAUCGGUGGAAUAGGAUUUUGUCUUUCUUACUCUGUUUUCCUUUAUCCUCUUAAAUAUGGACUCAUCAUCGCUUCAUUUAUAUUGGGAUUCUCUGCUUCAAUUCUUUGGCCAGCACAAGGUAAUUACCUUGCUUUGAUUAGUGACAAUGAAACGAUCACUCGUAAUACUGGAGUUUUAUGGUCGUUCACUAAUUUUAGUUUGGUCAUUGGGAAUUUAAUUGUUUCUCAAUUGUUUGAAGGAAAAGAUGUAAUUAGUCCUGAAUUGCGACAGUUAAUCUAUGCAAUUCUAAUUGUUUUCGGACUAUUGGGCAGUAUUCUAUGCGCUUUCAUUAAAAGUCCCGAUCUACUUAAAGUUAAAUCAAUUGAUGAAACAACUAAAUCUGAUGAGAUUGAAGUAAUUGAAUCACCUUUUACAGCUUUUAGCAGAGCAAUUAAAAUGUUGGUUCACAAAAAAGUAAUGCUCAUUGCAAUAUUUGCAAUUUACACAGGUCUUGAAUUAACUUUUUUCACUGGGCUGUACAGUACAUCAGUUGCAUCCACUUUAGCAUUUGGAGUGAAUAGGAAAAAGUAUUCAGGUGAAUGUGGACUUUUAAUCGGUAUUGGUGAAGUUGCUGCCGGUAUUGUAUUCAUAAUAACCUCGAAAAGUAAACGAUCAAAGAUAAUUGUUGUCGCCGCUUAUAUACUUUACCUGUUGACCUUCGCCUGUGUAUUUGUCAAUCUACCAACUCAUUCAUCAAUUCAUGAAACAAGUGAAAAAGCAAUUUUUGAAUCAAGUCUUAACUUGGCUCUACUUUGUGCUCUGUUAUUGGGCUUUUGUGAUGGUCUUUAUGAGACUCAGAUCAAUGAAUUCAUCGCAAUCACUUAUAAGGAAAAUUCAUCGGCACCUUUUGCGAUAUUCGUCAGCCUUCAAGCUCUUGGCGCAGGGACACUUUUCUACCUCGGUAAUUACAUCGGUCUUCAUGUUCAUCUGAUCAUCUUGACCGCUGGUGCGACGAUCGGUACAUUGGCGUUUUAUCUGGCCAACAAAUUGGCCGGCAAAAGGUCAAAAGUUGUAGAAACGGAGUCAAAGCCAGUUUAUCAAAUAACAGAAAAUAUCAACUAAAUUGUAAUUUAAAUUGUUUUUUAUUUCUAUUUUUGUUACAAAAAAAGAGAACCUACUUGUUGAUAUUUUAAUUGUACCAAAUGAUAUUGAACGGAUUAAUAGUUAAUCUUUUCAAUGUCGUCUAGUCAAUCUCGUUUUAAUCAUGAUUAAGUGGAAAUAAAUUGUUUGAUUUGGAGUGAAA